CAAAUUGGCGUCUUGGAGAACUCCAAAGAAGUCGCCAACACAUAUGUUCGAUCCGAUUACUUGCGAUUGCAACUUUACACCCGGCUUUCUAUGCGGAGUGCUAGUGGGUGCUAAUGUGCCAGGAACGGCCCCAUCUCAGCAGUCGCAAGCGGAUAAAGCCCCUGCCGUGUUUUCUGGAGAUACCGAUAGCAUAGCAGAUGAAUUAGAAACGAAGCUCAAGCUGAAAGAUGAACGUGAGAGCUUGACGGGAGAUAUCUCCGGAGGUACAUUGAGUUUCUCAGAUGGUUCGUACGACAAAGUCUCGAUUGAAAGCGCGGCCAAGUUGCUUGCCAUCAACCGGUUCGAUGCAACACAGAGCUACGACGCUGAGACUAUAAUAGUCGCGCAGGUACGGAAUGUGCUGGCCAUCAAAGAACCGCCACCGACGAAGAAGCUGAAGUGCACUGAGAACACAUACGACGAGAACAUAAAUGUACUGCGGCUAUCCCCGGCAAUGUUCCCUUUAGUGGACACGUGCUACAGUGCCGCGGGGGUACUGUUGGUGCGAAGUAGCCCACAACCAAACAGGUGCAAACCAGGGCUGGAUCGGCUCGAGGUAUUGACUUUGUUAGAGUUUAGGAAGAAAAAAUCUAAUAUCAAGCAACAUCUACCUGGUGGCAAACGAGAAGUGUACGAGCAUAUGGCCGUCCACACAGCCGCUCGCGAGAUGUUUGAAGAGACCGGCGGACACAGUGUUUACGUCAACAGAGUCGAUGAUGAAAUGCCUCACGCUCAAUUAGUGCGAUUUAUACACAACAUGCUGGUGCAGAGCAUAUGGAUCAACUCGGCUCGCUAUGUUGUCUACGUGUGUAAUCUGGACAGCGCUGUAGACGAGGAUCUGAACCUUUUCAACAACAUUGAAACCGCUUUCGGAAACAUACCUGAAGAAGAAAGUGUGGCAUAA